AUGGAGAAUUACCAGAAGAUCGAGAAGAUCGGUGAAGGCACAUAUGGAGUCGUCUACAAAGCUAGAGACUUAGCACACAACGGCCGGAUCGUUGCACUGAAAAAGAUUCGUCUUGAAGCUGAAGAUGAAGGUGUCCCAAGCACUGCCAUCCGUGAGAUCUCGUUGCUCAAGGAAAUGAAUGACCCCAACAUUGUGAGAUUGCUCAACAUCGUUCACGCCGACGGCCACAAACUCUACCUCGUUUUCGAAUUCCUCGACCUAGAUUUGAAGAAAUAUAUGGAAGCCCUUCCGGUCAGUGACGGUGGUCGAGGCAAGGCACUUCCCGAAGGCUCCACUCUCGACAUGCAACGACUUGGUCUGGGCAAGGACAUGGUCAAAAAGUUCAUGGCACAGCUCGUCGAGGGGAUUCGAUACUGUCACAGCCACCGAGUCCUUCAUCGAGACCUCAAGCCGCAGAAUCUACUAAUUGAUCGAGAAGGAAACUUGAAGCUGGCUGACUUUGGGCUUGCGAGAGCAUUUGGAGUGCCACUACGGACAUAUACACAUGAGGUUGUCACGCUAUGGUAUCGAUCACCAGAGAUUCUGCUCGGCGGUCGACAAUACUCUACUGGUGUGGACAUGUGGUCCAUUGGCGCAAUCUUUGCAGAGAUGUGCACACGAAAGCCCCUGUUCCCCGGCGACUCAGAGAUCGAUGAAAUCUUUAAGAUCUUCAAAUUACUCGGUACACCAGACGAGAAUACCUGGCCAGGAGUAACCUCGUUCCCUGAUUUCAAGUCGUCGUUCCCUAAAUGGAAGCGAGAAGAGACUAAAAGUUUGGUGGCAGGCUUGGAUGAGCACGGUCUUGAUCUGCUAGAUGCGCUGCUAGAGUACGACCCGGCCAGGCGGAUUUCAGCAAAACAAGCAUGCAUGCAUCCUUACUUCGCAGCGGGCAGCUCAGCUUACUCAGGCCGGGAAAGAAUCAAUGGUUAUCAUUGA